AUGGAUUUUGAAAUAAAUGAUUCUAUUCAAGCAGAGAAGCGCAAAUAUCUAUUGCUAACCUUAAAUGGAUAACCAGAUGCAAAUAUCAUAAGGUUUAGGUUCUUUUAAAGACAAAUUUGCAUGGCUGAUAUCAAAACGAAGGCUGAGAAUUACUAUCAGAUGAAAAUUCAAUGCCUUAGGUUGUUCACUUAGUAGGGCAUUGAGAUAUUUUAAGAGGAUCUUCCAUAUAUAAAAGAGGGGACUCUCCUUUAUAUAUCAGACAGCAGCGACUUUGAUGCUUAUUCUCAGAUAAGUGUUUACCAAAUAAUGAAAGUGCUUGGAGAGGGUGGAUUUGGGAAGGUGAUGUUGGGAAAACAUAAAGUCACUGGAGAACAGGUAGCAAUAAAGCUGAUAGAUUCUGGGAAAUUGUGGAAUGCUGAGGAUAUUGAUUUAGUGUUUAGAGAGGCAGAAGUGAUGAAGAAUCUCAGACACAAUAAUAUCAUUAAAAUAUUGAAUUGUUAUACACUCCCGAACAUGCAGGUUGUUUUGAUAAUGGAAUUCCUGCAAGGAGGGGAUUUGGUUGAAUACAUUCAAGAGAAAGGCGGAUUGUCUGAAGAAGAGGCUAGAGUAAUAUUUCGUUAGAUUGCUGAGGCUAUUCGAUAUUGUCACGAUAAACGUCUCAUUCAUAGAGAUCUCAAACUAGAAAAUGUGUUAUUGACAUCUAAGGUUGAGAAAAUGAUCAAAAUCAUUGAUUUCGGAAUUGCUACAGUCUCCACCAACUUCACAAUUGACAAGGUGGACAGAGGGUCAUUAAGUUACAUGCCUCCUGAGGUGGUGGGAGGUUAAGCGACUGAAAUACGACCAGCCAUCGAUAUCUGGGCUUUGGGAGUAAUCUUAUAUGCUCUUGUUUGUGCUAAUCUGCCUUUCACUUCUCGAAGUGAUGAGUAAACUAUUGACAAUAUCUUAAAGUGUAAUUAUACAUUCCCCUCUCAUCUUAUUCUAAGCAAAGAGUAUAAGGAACUCGUAGCCAAUAUGUUGAAUCCCGACUAAUCGGAAAGAUAUUCAGCUUAUCAAAUACUGGGUCAUCCUUGGAUGCAGAAGGUUUUGACUCAAUCACCAACCAAAAUGCUCAAUCCUCGUACUUUAGCUAAUAAAAAGAACAAAAAGCCAUUGAUCCAAAUGGGAAUCAAAAAGGAAAUCACCAUGGCUGGACCCAGUCGUCAUUGCUAAUAACCUCAACUUAGAGCUGGAGCUACUAUGUUGAAGACCACUUCUAAUCAAGGCUUCGUUCAAGUGGUGUAUGAUCUCCAAGCUCGAAACUUCUUAAAGUAAGAAGAUCAAUCAUCUCCUCGAUCAUCUCUCAACUUCUUGGGUGAUUUGGUUAAUAAGUCAAAUCAGGAACCAGAUGAAAUUAUAAACACUGAGAAACCUAAGACGAAGACUCCUCUGACCAGGAAGUAUUCAGAUUUCAAUCAAAAAUUGAUUGAUAAAAUCUUUUUGGAGGAUUCAAAAAGGGAAAAAAUUAAACAAUGGAGAAAGAAUUAGGUUAAGAAGUAAGGCAACCAUUUUAAAUCCUAAUCUCAGGGCUCCAUCAUUAAUUGUGCUCAGAAUAACUAUGUUUCAGCUCGAAGUGCUAAUACUUCUCCUCUUUAAACAGCUUCGAGGUCUGGACUCUAAUCUCCGAAUCUGGUUUAUAGUGUAAGGGGCACGGCAAAAUCCAAAAGGAAACCUCAAAGUCAAUUGGAAAUCCAGACCAUUCUCAAUCUCAGUUAGAAGAUAGAGUGGAAACAAUUAUUCGCCAGUCCCACUUACUCCUCAAGGGAUACUCCAUUGAAGAUUCAGAAAACCAACUAGCAUAAGGCGGAAUAGCUUUACAAAAUACAGAAUCAAUUUAAACAGCGCAAAAGAAACUCGGAUAAUCUUUUACAGAAACAAUUGAAUUUAAAUAAUAAGGAAAUUACAAUUUAAAAAUUGUGUAGUAUCAUUUUUUCAUCCAGAGUGAGAGCAAGCAAUAAAUGA